UCGCCACUGCCUUGUGGAAGACUGCAAGUGAGCUUUCUCCCUCUGGUCUGGUGAGAGUGAAGAGGAGGACAAGUGAGUUCAGCGUGGGCGGAGCUAGUGGAUGGUUGGUUACUUGCUGACAAGGUACAUACAUAUAUAUCUCUAUCUGUCAUCCGUGGGGUUUGUAUGUAGAGACGCCCUGUAUGAAUGUGAAUGUAUAUGCUUCUAUCCACAAACUAUUCGGAACCAGUGUGGAUGGCGUUCUUGCAGGUUGCUUGAUUUCUCGCCCGAGACAUGCAUAAUCCACCAGUGUAAGAACGGGGAAAUAGUCCAAAGCAGGCAAGAAUAUGAAGAGGCCCGCAGGUCUCAGGCUCGGCAUAUCCCAAAGAAAAUAAUGGGUAAUUCGAGUUUGGUGCGUUGCUAAAUCAGCUGGCUUUGCCAAGAAAAAGAAGAAGAAAAAAACCCGGCGUUGCUACUUCCAAGUCGACUGAGAUUCUCUUAGAGAAGCGCAACUUUUGGUGAAAAAUAAAAUGUAAGUUGCGCUACUUCACUAAACUAAAAAUGCACUCUUCUGAACUGAAAAUCUCAGUCGACUUAGACAUAGAUAGACAAACCCGGAAAAAAGGAGAUCUUAAGCCAGGAGUUGUGCCCAUGGAUAGCCAAGCCAAUACAUAGUUGUGGCAUGCGAGAAAAGACCAAGCUUUUGGCAAUCAUCCAAGCAUGUGACAAGCUUUUAGGCUCUGCCAGCAGGACAAAAUUCAUGGUUAGUUUGGGCACAGGCCGAACACGUACGCCCAUUGUUACCAUCUUUCCAUGGAAGCUCAAGCUCAGUGAAGCCACAUGGCUCCGCUUGGCAUUUUGGGGUGUGACGUGAGCGUGCAAUCGUUUGUGGCUAUGCUAGAUUUAUUGAUCCUAUUUACUCCCUCCGUUCCUAAAUAUAAGUCUUUGUAGAGAUUGCACUAGGUGGACUA